AUCUCCCACAUCAAGACUUCACGAAGCCUCCACAUCAUGUGCCACAUCCCGGUCUUCUGCUGGAUCACUGCUACAGUUCUGGAGGAUGUGUUGCAAACCAGAGAGGGGGGAGGGCUGCCCAAGACCCUGACUGACAUGUACAUCCACUUCCUGGUGGUUCAGUCCAAACUGAAGAACGUUAAGUAUGAUGGAGGAGCUGAGACAGAUCCACACUGGAGUCCAGAGACCAGGAAGAUGAUUGAGUCUCUGGGAAAACUGGCUUUUGAGCAGCUGCAGAAAGGAAACCUGAUCUUCUAUGAAUCAGACCUGACAGAGUGUUGCAUCGAUAUCAGAGCAGCCUCAGUGUACUCAGGAGUGUUCACACAGGUCUUUAAAGAGGAGAGAGGACUGUACCAGGACAAGGUGUUCUGCUUCAUCCAUCUGAGUCUUCAGGAGUUUCUGGCUGCUCUUCAUGUCCAUCUGACCUUCAUCAACUCUGGAGUCAAUCUGCUGUCAGAAGAACAAUCAACCUCCAACUGGUCUAAACCAUUUAGAGACAAACCGGAUCAAAAGCAGCUCUACCAGAGGGCUGUGGACAAGGCCUUACAGAGUCCAAAUGGACACCUGGACUUGUUCCUUCGCUUCCUCCUGGGUCUUUCACUGCAGACCAAUCAGACUCUCCUACGAGGUCUGCUGACACAGACAGGAAGUGGCUCACAGACCAAUCAGCAAACAGUCCAGUACAUCAAGAAGAAGAUUGAAGAGACUCCCUCUGCAGAGCAAAGCAUCAACCUGUUCCACUGUCUGAAUGAACUGAAUGAUCGUUCUCUAGUGGAGCAGAUCCAACAGUCCCUGAGUUCAGGACGUCUCUCCACAGAUCUGUCUCCUGCUCAAUGGUCGGCUCUGGUCUUCAUCUUACUGUCAUCAGAAAAAGAUCUGGAUGUGUUUGACCUGAAGAAAUACUCUGCUUCAGAGGAGGCUCUUCUGAAGCUGCUGCCAGUUGUCAAAGCCUCUAACAAAGCUCUACUGAGCAGCUGUAACCUCUCAGAGAGAAGCUGUGAAGCUCUGUCCUCAGUUCUCAGCUCCCAGUCCUCUAGUCUGAGACACCUGGACCUGAGUAACAAUGACCUGCAGGAUUCAGGGGUAAAGCUUCUGUCUGCUGGAUUGAAGAGUCCACACUGUAGACUGGAGACUCUGAGAUUGAGUUCCUGCAGGUUGUCAGAGAUCAGCUGUGCUUCUCUGGCCUCAGCUCUGAAGUCCAACCCCUCCCAUCUGAGACACCUGGACCUGAGCUACAACAACAAGCUGCAGGAUUCAGGAGUGAAGCUGCUGUGUGGUUUUCUGGAGAGUCCACACUGUAGACUGGAGACUCUGAGAUUGAGUUCCUGCAGUUUGUCAGAGAUCAGCUGUGCUUCUCUGGCCUCAGCUCUGAAGUCCAACCCCUCCCAUCUGAGACACCUGGACAUGAGCUACAACAACAAGCUGCAGGAUUCAGGAGUGAAGCUGCUGUGUGGUUUUCUGGAGAGUCCACACUGUAGACUGGAGACUCUGAGACUGAGCAGCUAUAACCUCUCAGAGAGAAGCUGUGAAGCUCUGUCCUCAGUUCUCAGCUCCCAGUCCUCUAGUCUGAGACACCUGGACCUGAGUAACAAUGACCUGCAGGAUUCAGGGCUGAAGCUUCUGUCUGCCGGACUGAAGAGUCCACACUGUACCCUGGAGACUCUCAGGCUGUCAGGAUGUCUGAUCACAGAGGAAGGCUGUGCUUCUCUGGCCUCAGCUCUGAGCUCCAACCCCUCCCAUCUGAGAGAGCUGGACCUGAGCUACAAUCAUCCAGGAGACUCAGGAGUGAAGCUGCUGUCUGCUGGACUGGAGGAUCCACACUGGAGACUGGACAUCAACACAAACACAGUAAACAGCAAGAUCAAAAUGUCUGACAACAACAGGAAGAUGACACAUGUGGAGGAGGAUCAGUCAUAUCCUGAUCAUCCAGACAGAUUUGACCACUGUCCUCAGCUGCUGUGUAGUAAUGGUCUGACUGGUCGUUGUUACUGGGAGGUCGACUGGAGAGGAAAGGUUUAUAUAUCAGUGAGUUACAGAGGAAUCAGAGGGAAAGGAAAGAGAGAAAACUGUGUGUUUGGAGAGAACGAUCAGUCCUGGAGUCUGUUCUGCUCUGAUGGUGGUUACACUGUUUGGCACAAUAACAGAGUGACACCUGUCUCCUCCUCCUCCUCUUCAUCAUCUUCCUCUGUCUCUGACAAAGUAGCAGUGUAUGUGGACUGUCCUGCUGGCUCUUUGUCCUUCUACAGAGUCUCCUCUGACUCACUGAUCCACCUCUACACCUUCAACACCACAUUCAUUGAACCUCUGUAUCCUGGGUUCAGCACGGGCUCUCCCCAGGGCUGUGUCCUCAGCCCUCUGCUGUUCACUCUGAUGACACACGACUGUGUCCCAAGGUCUGCCACUAACCAUAUUGUGAAGUUUGCUGACGACACGACAGUGGUGGGCCUCAUCAGAGAUGACAACGACCUGGCCUACAGAGAGGAGGUGGAGCAGCUGGUGAGAUGGUGUGAAGGCAACAACCUGAUCCUGAACGUUGACAAGACCAAAGAGAUCAUCGUGGACUUCAGGAAGUUUCAGCCCAGUCACGCUCCUCUCCUCAUCAACAACUCGGCCGUGGAGGUGGUCAGCAGCACUAAGUUUUUGGGGGUGCACAUCACGGACGACCUCACGUGGUCGGUGAACUCUGCGUCUCUGGUCAAGAGGGCACAGCAGCGCCUGCACUUCCUGAGACGGAUGAAGAGAGCCCACCUGCCCCCACCCAUCCUGACUACAUUCUACAGGAGUACUGUAGAGAGCAUCCUCACCAGCUGCAUCUCUGUGUGGUGUGGAGGAUGCACUGCUGCAGACUGGAGGAAUGUGAGGAGAGUGGUGAGGACAGCUGAGGAAAUCAUUGGGAGCUCCCUUCCUUCUGUGCAGGACAUUGCCUCUCAGCGCUGUGUGUCCCGGGCCAGCAACAUCAUCAAGGACGCCUCACACCCUCACCAUAGACUUUUUUCACUUCUGCCCUCCGGAAGAAGAUUCUGCAGCAUCCGGACGGCUCCUCCCUCCAUCCUCAUCCUCAUCAAGGUGAUUCCGUUCACCUGUGUGCAGUCUGGCGGCAAUCUACCUUCCCAGCAAGCGUAUAAGAGGCUCGGCUUGUCUGUCAACCCUCGCCAGAUCGUUCCGUCAUCUCACGUGGUGACUAACUCCUCCAGUUUCCCCAUCCAGCGUCACCACCUCUCCGUUUCAUCCGUCUCCGCCUCGCCGUCCCGGAAUCCCUCCUGUCCUCAGCCUUCCCCUUCUUUUGUUUGA